UCUACGCAUGCCCCGCGCGACUCCGAAAGCCCGCCUCCAGCCCGGCGAGGGGGACUGCAUUUCCUAUCGUCCCCUGCGACCCCGCAGACGCGGAGCUUUUUGGGAAAUGAAGUCUUUUUUCGAAGAGCUGGAUCCAGGCUCCUGCAUCUUGUCAUAUUCGAGGCGUCUGGAGGGAUAAGAACCUAGAUGUGGAGCCCGAAUUUGAGAUGCGGAGGGAGCCUCUGAGGACCUCUGAGUGGAAAGUGUACUUCAAACUCUCGCAGUCAUCACGCGCUUCGUCGGCGGUGACAGCCCACCUGGGUGGGCCCUAAUUUGAUCACCACGCAUUUAGACCAACCCCUGGACGGGGCGGAGCCGGGGUUCGGGGGGGGCCGGGAGGCAGGGCUGCCCGAUCUGGGGGCCGACUGAGCCGAGUGUGAGAAAGGUGUCUAGAGUUCAAAGGUCAGAGGUCAAUGCCGCGAGUUGUAGAAGGUCGAAAGUUGGAGGGGUACUAACGGGAGACUCAGCAGAGCCCGGCCAGUCACUAUCGGUCGCUUAGCCUGGCCUCCCGCAGUUGCAACCCCAGCUGCCCUCAGUGUGUGGAGAUGGCUUCUCCCUCCAGACAGGCCCCCCUCGGGGGGUCAGGACUGCUUCAAGGGAGCCGAGCUCGUUCUUAUGGAAGCCUGGUGCAGUCGGCCUGCUCCCCAGUGAGGGAAAGACGCCUGGAGCAUCAGUUGGCGCCCGGAGACACCCUGGCUGGACUAGCACUCAAAUACGGGGUGACGAUGGAACACAUUAAGCGUGCAAACCGCCUUUAUACUAAUGACUCCAUCUUCCUGAAGAAAACCCUCUACAUCCCCAUCCUGACAGAGCCCAGAGACUUGUUCAAUGGUUUGGAUUCUGAGGAAGAGAAAGAUGGAGAGGAAGAGGUACAGCCAAGUAAGGGUAAAGUUCGGCCACGCUCAGCUGAGAGGAAGAAAGAAGAGACAGGUUCCGGCCGCGCCAAUGGGGAGGUCCCUCCCACACCUGGCCAGGACCCCCCCACUGCCCUCCAUGAUCUCUCUGCCUCUGAUUUCCUUAAGAAGCUCGAUUCACAGAUCAGCCUGUCAAAGAAGGCGGCUGCCCAGAAGCUGAAAAAAGGGGAAAGUGGGGUACCUGGGGAGGAUUCAGCGCUUCGCCUGAGCUCCCCUCAGAUGCAGCAACGAGCAGUCCUAGGUCCCGUGCCGCUGACCCGGACCUCUCGAACCCAGACACUUCGGGACCAGGAGGAUGAAAUCUUCAAACUCUGAUGUCCCCAGAACUGACUGAGAGAAGCAAGAUGCUGAAGAAGCAACUUGAAGGGGAGAGGAGCCUGUGGUGAGGCUCAAGGAAAUGGCUUGCCACCUGCCUCACUCCUGCCGUCUUCCCGGCCUGCCUGUCAGGAGGUCCUCGGCCUGGGGCAGUUUUAUCGGCAAGAGUAGGGGAUGGGGGCUAGAGCCCUCCUCAGUUCUCGGGCUGAAUCCAGAGUUGUCCCUUAGAUUCCAAAGGCCCUUUACAUCCCCGCUGCCUUUCCCUUCCCUGUCACCAUUCCUUGGCCUUAGAGCAGGGAGGCAGGGACUCCCCCAGCCCCUAACUUCCUCCCCACCUCCAACUAUGUUACCUAAUUUAUUUGGUGCUAUAUUGAAGUCGUAUUUAUUUGCUGUAUCUUAUUCUUCCUCACUCUUAGCUAAAGAACGGGAUUUCUCUAGCCCUGGGGUGAGGGGAACCCAGGAACAAGGAGCCAGUCUCCCCCGCCUUCUUAGCUAAGCCUGUUACGUGGACGGGCAGUCGGUGAUCUAGUCCACUGCCGAAAUGGCCGACUGUGCCAAGCCGGUUCCCCAAUCUCCAAGGAAAGAAUUUGGGCUCAGUCUUAACUAACCAGUUCCCUGGAAGCUUCUCACAGCUCUUGCUCUGAGACAAAACAGGGAUAUGGGCACCGCAGCUCGCUACGCCACCAGUUCACCCUUCUAAGCUGCUCCUCUGUGCAGCUUGUGUGAGCCUUGGGAUGGGAGAAGAAUUGCCUUGGAAUGCGAAGAGGAGGACAGUUGUGGGGUCCUUUUGUGGCGGGAGUCUUUUUGUUAGAACCCUUCCUCUCCACAGCCUGUCCAGCUCUGCCUUGCCUCUCACUGCGUGUUAAUCUGCAGUACAGUGUUUUGUGUUGGUUUUUUUUUUUUGAGUUUCUUAAACAGACAUAGGCAAGGGAACGCCAGUGAUAUCUCAGAUAUGCCUCCAUACAGUCUCCUGUAUGGAAAUGGUGAGUGGUGAGAUAAGUGGUGUUUAUAUACUUCUUUCCUCUGUGGUGAUCAUAAGAUACAAGAAGCUGGAGACAUUAAACGUUGAGCCCUG